CACGUGAGGAGUGAUUAGUACGCGUUGUGCAAACCGGUUUUUCCUUAUUAUUUUACAUUGAGACAAGGUGAAAUAAAUGAGUGAAUGAGUUUAAGAGGAAGAGAUGUGGCUUUGAGAGCGAUUCAAUGGGCUGCUAACAUUCAAAGUAUCGUUCGUAUCUCGAAUUCUGGAAUGGCGGCGAAGCGUAUAGGUUAGGGUCAAGGAACGGUUACCUCUUGGCGGGAGAUACAGGAUAUAUUUAGAAACUCCUACGUUACCGGCUAAUGAAUUUGCUUAGCAGUAUAUAUAUAUCGGGAGUCUGUGACAGGUGUCAACAGUUGUUUUGUGGAUUCGUUUGAUACAAAUCAUGGAAUACCAUGAAGAAUGGUUACCCAAUCUCGUACCUGUGCUGGUUACGGUGACCUUAAUUAUUGUCACUUGUUGUACGAUUUUUUUAAAACUAAGGUUACGAUGGCCUAUAAAGAUAAACUGUUGGUUUUGUAAUGGCUAUACAAAAAUUUGGAGACAGGAGAUCAACUGGUGGCGCUGUUCCAGUUGCGAUCAAUACAAUGGAUUCUCCAAGGAUGGAGAUUACAUGUAUGACAUUCCGGAGCAAUAUAAGUAUGAAAAACAAUCAGCUAAAUAUUAUUGUAAACCCUGUAAAGAAAAGUCCUCUUGCUUCGGCAAUAACCUUUGCACUCAGUGUAAUAAAAACGAGCGGUUGAAAUUAGAAGAACUCACCAAUUUUGAGCCAUCCAAUUCAAGAAAGUAUGACGAUGAAGUAAAACGGUUUAAAAACAAACUAGACGAGAAGUAUCCGCUGUGCACGAGAUGUGUAAAUGUUCUCCAGGAUGUAUUGAUGAAGCAGUCCGCAUGGCUUACUCAAUACAGAAUGAGUUUCUUCAAAAAGAAGCCUGUAAUCUUUGUAAUUAAUAAUCGCCAAAGGCUGGAGAAUGUUCUUCGAUAUUUUCUAAUAAUCCUAGAUUCCGUGACAUUAUUUUAUUUGGACCAGUGGCCAUUACCAGUAGCAGGAAUUUUCCUUCAAUUAGGCACGUGUUUCGUUGCCCCGACCACCAGAAGAAUUUCUGACGUAUUCCUUACGUCCCUUUGGUCUUGUAUCAGUUUAUUAGUAUCAAUUCAUGAGUUACAUAUGUUCAGAAUUAACUUUAAAAAUGAGUGGUUCUCUUCAAAGUAUGUAACAAAAUAUCACACGGCUGUGAUACUUGCAUCAAUAAUAGGACUGAUGAAUAUAAAGCCUUGGAAUUCCAAACAGAGAGGCACAGCGAUGACUUUCAAGAAAUUGGAGUCGCCUACUAGGAGACUAGUGCCCUCUCCUAAAGUCUCGCAAGAAAUUACAAAAGAUGCAGUCUUUGAUAAUCAGAAGAGAAAAGAGACUGACGUUCACAAGUGCCGAUCGCCUGUUAACAUUACUGAUUUACUGAUGACACCUGGAGCAGUGGAGACACCGAUACCAAUCAAACCAUUACCCUAUCCACAUAAUCAAUUAACGUUCCAGAGCCAGUACAACAAUACACUGGCGACAUCGUACCACAGUAACAAUUCAAUCAGCAGUAGUUAUUACUCCCUUCAGCACCCAUCGCCGAACUCCGUGAAUUUUACCCUGUUCAGUAGUUUAAAUAAUUUAAGCACCUUGUCAUUGAGUGAAUCAGCCGUAAGAAGUGAUUCAAGAGCUCCAAAGGUGUUUGAGACGAAAGUAUAUGACACGACUAGUCCAGAUUUAUUCAGGAAACUGAGUCGUAACUCUAAUAGGAAGUUCAUGUUGGCACCACCAAAGUUAAGAUCGGUCACUCAGUCGUCAUGGGUAGCUGGAGGUUAUUGGCAGGAAAUGAUCAACACUCCUACACUGUCAAGAUCUUCGAGUCAGAGUUCAGGCUUUGGGUCAGCUGGCUCCAACUUUGCUCCGUCCAGAGAGCCUUCGGUUUACAACGAUAUAGAUAGGUGCUCCGUAGUGUCCGAUGCUACACAGUGUGGCAACAUCCCCAGACAAGUCAAUGCACAGCCUUCGAAUUCUUUCUAUCUGUCCUAUUCCUGCUCGAGGCCUGACAGUCCAAGUUAUAGUCCACUACCAGGACCGACAGGGAAUAAUGCGUAUUUCCAAAACCAAGUACCACAGUGCAGCAACUGCCAAUCAAAUCAAACUGUUCGCGUGGAUCAGUGCUUGUCAAGUUCGAAAAUAACUUGCCACAAUAUUUCACAGAGUUCGCAAACUCCUGUGGCAGUACCCAAUGGGUACGCAACCAUGUUUGCGAGCCCUGUCUGGCUUACUGCCUUGUUGUGUGGAUCUCUUGUAUUCAAUACAAUAGUGUUGUGUACAACUCUGUUGCGUUAGCCCAGCU